AUGGACUUGGAUUCGGACUCGGACCUAUUCGACUUGACCAACGACGAGGACGAUGAGGAAGGCGAGCUGCAGGCGCAGGCGAGCGCUUUCGAGUUGGCCACCAGCUACGUGAGUCGACAAACGCAAACAUUCAAGGAUUCCGAUCUGCUGGAAUUCUACGCAUACUACAAACAAGCCACCGAGAGUGGCUGCAACCAGCCAUGCCCUUCCAUACUACAAAUGAAGGCACGCAGCAAAUGGAACGCCUGGAAGGCACUGGGCGACAUGUCCCAGGCCGAUGCCCAGCGGUCGUAUAUCGAAAAGUUGCAGGAAAUCAAUCCCAAAUGGAAGGAAGAGUGCAGCAGCAGCAAGAAGUCAAAGACAGGCGGCAAUAGCUGGGCCGUUCAUUCCAUCGAAUCGGUGCCAGUGGAGGAGGUGAUGCCCGACAACAAGAAGACCAUGUUCGAUCUAGUCAAGGAGAAAAAUCUGUCUGCGCUCCGCCAGAAGAUGCAGAAAGGCGAUAUCAACGUUAAGGAUGAGCAUGGCAUGGCCCUUAUUCACUGGGCCACCGAUCGCAAUGCUGUCGACAUCAUAGACUAUCUGGUGGUCUCAAUGGGCGUCAGCGUCGACCAGCUGGAUGCCGAGAUGCAGACACCAUUGCACUAUGCCGCCAGCUGUGGGCACGUGGAGGCGGUGCGCACUCUUCUGCAAUUGAAGGCCAGUCUGGAACUGUACGACGAGGACGGGCAUUGCUGUUUCGAUGUCGCCGAUACCGAGGAAAUCUUCAAUAUGCUCAAAGCGGAAGAAGAGCUACGUCAGGCUGCCACCUAAGGCUGUCCCCUGCCCUGCGCUGCCCCCAACAAGUUCCGUUCUUUUAAUAAAUGUUGAGAUAAUAGUCGCAUGUUA